AUGGCCAGUCCUUCGGAUCCUGAGGUUGUCCAAGCCGAACCCAAUGAAACUGGUGUCUAUGAAAUUGAAAGUUUAUGCAUGAAUUGCCGGGAUAAUGGUGUCACCCGUAUACUGCCGAUCAAAAUUCCCUUCUUCAAGGAAAUCCUACUCGAGUCAUUCUCGUGCGACCACUGCGGCUGGAAGAAUAACACCGUUAAGAGUGCUGGCCAGAUCCAAGAGAAGGGUACCAAGUACACCUUCCGAUUAGACAAGAUGGCCGACUUGCAGAGACAAGUGGUCAGGAGCGAUAGCGGCACGUUCAAAGUUGAAGAUAUUGACCUCGAGAUGCCACCUGCACCCGGCCAGUUCACAAACCUCGAAGGCCUGAUCUCCAAGAUAAAGACGGACUUGGAGUACGGCCAGCCUGCAAGAAAGGAGGCCAAUCCUGACCUAUACCAAGCGCUGGAAUCCAUCAUUGGGAAGCUUGCGAAAAUGCUAGACGGCAGCGGGUUUCCUUUCACCGUGUCAUUAGACGAUAUCUCUGGGAAUUCUUUCAUCGAGCCUUCACCUGACGAUAAGGGCGCGAAGUAUAUUCGACAAGAUUAUCUCCGCACAAACUCUCAGAAUGCACAGCUUGGUUUGCUUGCGGAUGAAGAGGUUCAAGAUGUCUCGGCUGGUGGAAUGGAGGGUGUCGACAUUGUCGACGACCAAGUCUACGAGUUGCACGCUGAGUGCCCAGCUUGCUCCAAGCCAUGCACGGUCAACAUGAAGAAGACCAAUAUCCCGCACUUCAAAGAGGUUAUCAUCAUGGCUACUGUGUGUGAUCAUUGCGGGUACAGAACAAGCGAUGUCAAGACUGGCGGAGCAAUACCAGAGAAAGGUAAACGCAUCACGUUAGAAAUCAAGACGAUAGAAGACAUGUCUCGGGAUAUACUUAAGUCGGAGUCCUGCGUUCUAAAGAGCUCCGAUCUUGGUCUUGAAGUUCAACCUGGAACACUUGGGGGGCGCUUCACCACCGUUGAAGGUCUACUCACCCAGGUGCGAGACCAACUUCAUGGACAAAUCUUCGAUUUUGGAGAUGAGGACCUUGCGCCUGGGGAUUCCAUGGCAUCCGAGACGAAAGCAAGAUGGGACAACUUCUUCCUCAAGCUGGACCGGGCCAUCAAAGCAGAUUUCCCCUACUCUAUCAUACUCGAAGAUCCACUGGCCAACUCUUUCGUGCAGAAGAACGUUGACUCUGGUGAUGAUCCGCAGAUAAAGACUGAAGAAUACGAGAGGACCGAAGAAGAAAUGGAGGACUUGGGUUUGAAGGAUAUGAAGACCGAAAACUACCAGGAUGACAGCGACGACUGA